AUGACUGCUGCCAAUGAUUCUACUAGUGCUGCUACUGCUGUUGGAGGAGGAUUAGAGAGCCGAUUCGGUAAUAACCACUCCUCGACCGAGUCUGACAAAACUACCACCAUCAAAGAUAUUAAAGAUUAUCCUACACAGGCACCACCAAAUGGGUCAUCGCCAUACUCAACAUCGUCAACUAAUUUUUUCAGUUUACCAGAUGCAAAUACCGUCAACCUCAAUGACGAAAUUUUCUUCAAGAGUAACUACUACUACAAUCCUGAAUCGAUCCCUGCUUCUGCAACUAGCAAUGUCACUCGAAACGAUAGGAACUUGGCUGAGACUUUUAUCAAUGGAGAACAAGAUGAUGUGGAUGUCUUGGACGAGGAAGACCCCAUAGGUUUCGUUCCGAUAAACUCGAGCAAACUCGACAAGAUUGAAGAACAGGGUCAGUCGGAUUCAAAUUUUUCAAAGCAACAACAACAACAACAGCAGCAGCAAAUGAAAUUUCAGCAACAUCAAAAUUAUUUACAUGACUUGACACUUUACGGCGGCAGCAGCAUUACUCAAGAGCCCCACUAUAUCCUUGAAGACGAUUUAUACAGCAAUUUGUCCUCGAGGUCCUUGAACAACUACCUAGCUACACCAACUACGUCCAUAAGUUCUGCUUCUUCAUCGUCAUCCGGUCACCCAUCUCAGACUCUUGCCAAUACAGCUGCCACGAUUGCGUCAAAGUUGCCAACGACUCCAAUUGUGGCACAGCAAGCACUGUAUGCCCAACACGUGAGACAAAACUCCAAUACCAUCCCUAUUGACCAAUUGACCCUGUUGAGUUUAAGAACUCCAUCUACUUCUGGCAUUGCCAACUCACGUGCCACGGUCAACCUCCUGCAAAGGCAACAGUUGCAAAACGUGAAACAACCCGAUUUCGACAAGACCCCCGUUGGUCAGCAAUUUCAGUUGCAAAACCUGGACUUGCAGCAGUAUUUCCAAAAAUCUCCUGUUUCAAUUGACGAAUCCUCAGGGUUGAUCAACUUGGAUACUAGUGGUAUUGCUGCUGCAACUACUGCGGCCGCGGUAAAUACAUCACGCGUUCAAAAAUACAACAAUGACCAGGAUUCGCCCAAUUCUUUACAAGAAGCAACGAUUAAUCCACGACACUUGUUUAGCAACAAGUACAACUCGGUGAGCUCACCCAGCUUGACGACAAUUUUCGGUGUCAAACAACAGUCGCAACAAAUGCCCUUUUUACAUCAACAACAACAACAACAACAACAACAACAACAAGAACAACCACUACCACAACAACCACAGCAGAGGUCGAAACUGCUUUCACAACAACAGCAGCGUUUGCCAAACCAACUCGCACAACAGCAACAGCAACAACAGCCCCCGGCACACACCAGAAGUUUUUCUACUCCUCAAUACGACUUUAAGCUCAGUGAUGAUUUUUCCAUGGCGUUGAACGCUUGGCUCAAUCUGGGCGGACAGGCAAAUACUGCAGGCAGUACUGCAUCAUUGGAAAAAAACCUUGAAGGCGUCUUUGCCAAAAAUGGACCACUUGUUGUUGCUUCAAGUGGAUGUGUCACGAAACCUGCAAAGAGCCGUUCGUUUUCAUAUUCAAAUGUACACAACAGCAGAAACAGCACGAGGAGGAAUUCCAUUCAAAUGGGUGGCAACCAUGCACAAGCCCACUCGCAAGCUUCCUCGACCCUGGCUCAGGCAAACCAGACAAACACGCCUCAGUUUAACUCUAGUUCUAGUUCUAGUGCUAGCUCUAGUUCAGCCUCUGGUUCAGGUUCAAGUGAGUCCAUUACGCUGCAGCAACCACAACCACAACCACAACCGCAACAAUUGUAUUUGCAAAAGCAAGAUAUUAGUUCGUUGCAAGCUUCUCCAGUUUCGUUCUCGGCACUACAAGGCGAAGAGAUGCGAGGCUUGAAAGAAGCAAACACUGGUAACUUGAAACAAAACUUGCCAAAGAAGAAAAGAAGAAAAAGUUCCGUUACCAACCUCAAUUCGGCUCUUGUACAAAGCCAGAUCAAGCAGGACUUGGAUCAGCAGCACCAGCAGCAUCAUCAACAGCAACAGCAUCAACAACAGCAUCAGCACCAGCAGCAACAUCAGCAGUCUGCGCUGAUGUUCCAAUCGCCGUCGAUUUCACCAACCACAAGUGCUCAAACUGAAGCACCGCCCAUGGCUACACUGGAUAAAUCAAAGUCCAAGAAGGCAGUUACCAUUUCAUCCGAUGAAUUCCCCGCGGUAUCUUCAGACUUGCUCGAUGGAAAUAGCUCAAGCACCGUGAUUGUGCAAAACAGUCAAGGUUGUUUCCCUUGCACAAACUGUGAAAAGCAAUUCAAGAGAUCGGAGCAUUUAAAGAGACACAUGCGCUCGGUUCAUUCCACCAUUCGUCCCUUCCAUUGCAAAUACUGCGACAAAAAGUUCUCGAGGCUGGAUAACUUGGCGCAGCAUUUGAAAACUCAUUACAAAGUCGACGCGGAGGGAAACACCAAGAUCAUAUAUGGUAACGUGACUAACCAUGGACGCAGAGAAAAGAGUAAAAAAUCAGCGAAAUGA